AUGCUGUAUGAGAUGAUAGGAGUGGUCCGCCCUGGCCGCCUCUCCGAAGUCAAAGAAAUCGCCAAAACCGCCGGCAAAAUCGUGCUCGAGAAGAACGGCGUCGUCCGCGGCGUCACCAACUGGGGCACCUUCCUGCUGCCCAAGCCGGCGAAGAAGCUGCAAACGACGCACCACGUCGGCCACCACUUCAUCAUGCGAUUCGAUGCGAGCGCGCGGACACAGCAUGCGCUGAGGAGAACGAUGAGCUUGGAUCCGCGGCUGAUACGAUACUCGAUUGUGAAGAUGGGGACUAAGUUCGAGGAGAUUAAGGACGUGCCCGGGACGGCGAGCUUUCGGUGA